GUUCUCACGAAUUAACGUUCAUUGUUCAUAAGCUGGUUAAAUUUUCAAUAUGCAUUUAAUCUGUGGCUGGAUUUUGAUAGCAUUCUCAAGCUUCCACGUUCUUCAAAGUGCAGUAUACGAUGCUACAAUCGAUGAAUUUCAUCAGGAACCUGGAACUGAUCAUGAUUACGUCAUUCUGGAUACUGUGCGAGUGACGCGUAAGUCAAGGAACCACUAUCAGCUGCAUGGCUCUUUCAGGUUGAUGCAAAAUUGGGGGAAUGACAUCGUUGUUCACUACGAAAUCGUAAACCAGAGGAACGUGAAAGUGGUCAAUGGGAAGGCAUUCGUUUGCGAUUUGAAUGGGUCGGAUGAUCCGAUAACGUUGUCGGUGCAUAAGACGGCCCAUUUCCCGCCCCAUGGGGAGUGUCCGAUGCCGAAGGGCAACUAUUCUCUCAAUGGGUACGAGCUGACGGAUGAAAGUUUACCCCCGAUGGUCCCGCCCGGGAAGUUCGUUCUUUCGAUUCGAGUUGAAAGCCCCGAGGGAAAGCACAUCGUUGCCUAUAAGGUGUAUUCGACAAUCAAAUAUGUGUAACUUGCUUUCAAUGAAGUCUUUUUAGCUUCAAAAUUUUGUUAAUAAAAAUAAA